AUGACUUCCGCCUCCACUAAUCUGGCUCUUCUUUUCCUAACAUGCAUCAUCGCCGCCGUCGCCGGCAGGCAAUUCCUAGUCGGAGAGAACGUCGGUUGGCGAGUCCCGGCCAUGCGCGAAACACAACUCUACGAUGUCUGGGCCUUUAGAAGGCAUUUUUACGUCGGAGAUACACUUCGGUUUCAAUACAAGAAUGAUUCGGUGGUUUUGACAACAGAAUCUGCGUUUUUGCGCUGUGAUUCAAGGCAACCAAUCUCUGUCUUCAACGAUGGGAAUACAGUUAUCAAUCUUGAUAAAGUGGGUAAGUUUUAUUUCAUUAGUGGGAAAGCAAAUCGUUGUAUUAAAGGGCAGAAGAUGGCGGUGAACGUGGAGAGUCGUAACUACCCUUAUCCACCACCAGUAGUCACUCCACCUCAUAGCCCUAACUAUCCCAUCUAUCCGGCGCCGGCGUCGUCCCAGCUCCCAGGCUCCGGUAAUUCUUCAGAUUCCGGUCCAGAAGCUACGGUUUCUAUCUCAGUGAUGUCUUUCAUUGUUGCUAUAGUAGGUUUAUGGCUUUGUGUGGAUCACCCAUAG